CAUCGCUCCCGCCCCAAACCCGGCUCUGCCCCGGCCCCAUCGCGGCUCCGCUCGCCCGCGGGCCCCAGCGCGCCUGCGCGGGCGCCAUGGCGCGGCCUGAGGGGCCGCCGACGCUGCCGGAGCCGCUGCGGCGGCGCCUCGUCUCCUUCAGCAGCUCCGUGUUCAGCGACAGCGCCCGCAGCGCCCUCGGCGACAGCCCCCGCGCCCCCCCGGGCUUCCCGGGCUACCGCGCAGAUUGUGAAAUCCUUUCCAGUUUGCCACUGCAGAUGUCCCUCUAUUUCAAUGUUUAUUUCUUCCCCUUCUGGUGGCUCGUCACAGUUGCCAUCCUCUACCUGAAGUAUCCAGACUUAUCAGAUUAUUACAAGUUCAUCCUGGUCACCAUCAUGAUCCUGGUCUCUCUGACAGAGCUCAUUAGACUCUACCUGGGAUAUGUGGGCAAUCUCCUGGAGAAAGUGCCUGAGCUGGCUGGGUUCUGGCUCCUGACCCUCCUCCCGCAGCUGCCAGUGAUUCUCUUCCUGCUCUUCAACGAAGCUCUGAAGAUCCACUCGCUGGAGCGAGCCUUCCACAUCAUCUUCGCCGCCUUCCUGUGCUUCCAGGCGGCGGCGGCGUUCGUGGCGCUGCGCAGGAUGGUGAACACGCUGGCCGCCCGCUUCCCCCGCACCGAGUUCCACCGCCUGGAGGAGCAGCGCCCCGCGCCCGCCGCCCCCGGCCCGGCCGCGGGGAGCCCCGCCCGGGGAUGGUAGCGGGCUCCCGGGCCGGGAGAUCAUGGCCCGAGCGCUUCGGGAGGUGACACAGCCCGGCCCCAUGUUGCCGCAGUUCUCUGUCCGUUCUCUUGGGUCAUCCUUUGCCGCCGUGCCUCGGAGGUGGUGAAAAAGUAGCUCUUGCUCAAGAGCUGACAGUAAACCUCAGAGGCUGGAGCUCCCUUCUUCAAGGAAAAUCAAAGCCAGUUGCAUAACUGACUUGAGUGACUGUUUGUGGACUGUUACUGAAAAAAACCUUGAGACUUCCAUGAAUAUCUGACUUAAUCAACACUCUGCCAUACUUUUAAUUCACACGAGCCUCUUUCUUGUGUCUAAAUAGUUGAGAGCAUGGGAUGUGUUUCCCUAACUUGAAGAGUGGUUCAUCAGGUCAGGACCAAGGCAACAACAGUAAAACAAAAUUCCUGGCAACCUCACUGAAAAUCUCAUACAGAUUCCUCACCUUGUUCCUGUCUAUAGCACAAACACAACUGGAGAGUUUUACGUGUUACAAAGUUGUGGCAUCUUAAAAAAACAAGCCUUUUCCCUCACUGUUUGCACAAAAUUCUUUUUUUUUUUACAAUAAAUCUUUUCUACACUUU